AUGGAAACCACAGCCUCCUCCCCUCCUCCCCUGGCCCACUGCCCCAACCAGGCCCCGGAGAGUGGGGGCACAGAGGUUAAACUGAGUCCGGCCGGGCCCGGCUGUCCCGCUGCGAGGGGGCGCGGGACUGGGGUUGAGGGAGGUGUGGCCGGCUGCAGGGUGCCCAGCCGGUCUGCCGUCUCCUCCCCCGCCCCCCCGGCCCGGCCCGGUUACGAAACUGCGGGCUGGUGCUAUAUAAGGGACCGGGGCCGGCUCCGGGCCGGACGGAGAGAGCGGACGAUGGAGCGGACCUGGGUCUGGGGGCUGCUGCUGCUGGCGGCGGCGGGGCUGGGGGGCGGGGAUGCCGAGCGGGACUGCCGGGUGAGCAGCUUCAGGGUCAAGGAAAACUUCGACAAGACGCGGUUCUCAGGGAUCUGGUACGCGAUGGCCAAGAAGGACCCGGAGGGGCUGUUCCUGCAGGACAACAUUGUCGCACGCUUCACGGUGGACGAUGGCGGCUCCAUGAGCGCUACGGCCAAGGGCCGCGUCCGGCUCUUCAAUAACUGGGAUGUCUGCGCGGACAUGGUGGGCUCAUUUAUGGACACCGAGGACCCCGCCAAGUUCCGGAUGAAGUAUUGGGGAAUGGCGUCCUUCCUGCAGAAAGGGAAUGACGACCACUGGAUCGUGGACACGGACUACGACACGUACGCCCUGCAGUACUCCUGCCGUCAGCUGAACGAGGACGGCACCUGCGCCGACAGCUACUCCUUCGUCUUCUCCCGGGACCCGCUGGGCCUGCCCCCCGAGGCCCAGAAGGUGGUCAGGCAGAGACAGGAGGAGCUGUGCCUGGGGAGGAAAUACAGGACGAUCGUGCACAACGGAUUCUGCGAUUAGAGUCCGGCAGCUCCUCGGCCCCCACGUUGCUUCCCUCAGCCGAAGCCCCACCUGAGACACCGCGAGCCGGGGAACGUGACGGAGCGCCCGCUGCUGGGAGCGGAGUAGAGACUGAGGAUUCGGAGUCCAAAUUAUGGGUUCUGGAAAAGAGCCAUCUAAUUUGCAGUUUGUUUCUCAGUCAAAUUAAAAUAUUCCUAGUGGA